UCCCUGCCUUCCUCCGCGCCACAUUACACCGUUUGUUCCGCGUCUCCGCCGCGCUCUGAUCUCACACACACCGACAAACAGAGACGCGAAGAAACACAACAAAAGCGCGCAGAAGAGCAGAGCACGCGCGACGCGGGGAGAGGGACGGGGGAAGGGUUCGGAAGCGACCGGGCAUUUCUCCCGUGAGCGGAAGGAGAUGGACGAGACGUCGCGGUCACACUGAAGCGCAGAAACACAGAAACAAUCAAAUCGAUGAAAAACCGCGGCGGAGCUCCAGCGCGAGGAAUCCGAAUCACAGACGCGCGCGGCCGGAGCGAUGCGAGCGGCGCGGCGCGGCUAAGCGUUGAAGAUGGGUGCCGUGCUACAGAGUCUCUUACUGUGCACUUUGUGUUUGCAGAUUCGCGGCCUGCCGCUGCUCUUGUAUGCGAACCGAAGGGACUUGCGUCUGGUGGACGCGGCUCGGGGUCGAGGGAACGCCUCGGUGCUGGUCAGCGGUCUGGAGGACGCGGCGGCUGUGGAUUAUGUUUACGAGCAGGGACUGAUUUACUGGAGCGACGUGAGCGAGGAGGCCAUCAAACGCACGCUGUUUAACGGGUCAGCGCCCAGCGGGCUCCAGAGCACGGUCGUGUCCGGUCUGGCCUCUCCGGACGGCCUGGCCUGUGACUGGAUGGGGAACAAGCUCUACUGGACCGACUCGGAGACCAACCGGAUCGAAGUAGCGGAGCUGGACGGGACAAACAGGAAGGUGUUGUUCUGGCAGGAUCUGGACCAGCCGAGGGCCAUCGCUCUGGACCCCGGCCGAGGGUACAUGUUUUGGACGGAUUGGGGUGAGAUCCCGAAGAUCGAGCGCGCUGGGAUGGACGGGACGCAUCGCUCGGUCAUCAUCGACUCGGAGAUCUACUGGCCCAACGGCCUGACGCUGGACUACGAGCUGAAGAAACUCUACUGGGCCGACGCCAAGUUCAGCUUCAUCCACCGCUCCGAGCUGGACGGAUCACACAGGGAGGUGGUGGUGAAGGGCUCGCUGCCGCCACCGUUCGCACUGACGCUGUACGAGGACACACUCUUCUGGACGGACUGGAACACACACUCCAUCCACGCCUGCCUCAAACACACGGAGAGAACAGCCACGAGAUACACACCAACAUCUCUCACCCGAUGGGACCUACACGUCUACAGCCAGGAGCGCCAACCCGCUGGGUAA